AUGUCCCACGUUCAACUCGCCAGCAUUGGCGUUGCUCUCAUAGUCCAUCAGCUGUUCAGACGGUACGACAGCGUAUCCCUCGGUAUCGAUGUCUCCCUUUUGUUGCUCCCGCCGGUGUCCCUCGUCAACGCCAUCGUGGUCACCUCUCCUUCGCUCACGCUCGCGCGUGCAUCCAUCCUCGUCCUUCCUACCUACGUUGCAUCGCUCGUUCUCUCGACGCUAAUCUACCGCCUCUCGCCCUUCCACCCACUCGCGCAAUAUCCCGGACCUCUGGGAUGCAAACUUUCCAAGUUCUGGAUGGCCACCAUCGCUGCUGUAGGCCGCCAGCACCUGUACGUCCAGAACCUACACGAACGCUACGCAUCGGACAUCGUGCGCAUCGGUCCCAACGAGCUUUCGAUCCGCGACCCAGCUGCCGUGCCUGCGAUUCUGGGCUCGUCCGGGCUGAAUCGGAAAGGCCCUCACAUGAAAGGCAUCCACCUGAAAGCGGAACCGCUCACCAUGAUCGCGAUCCAAGACGCGGACGAGCAUGUGCAGCGUCGGCGCUCGUGGCAGCGCGGGCUCUCCCAGGCGGCGCUGAAAGACUACGAGGUGAUGGUCUCCCGGCGGGCUCGGAUGCUCGUCGAUCGCCUGGGCGAGUUUAAGGGCACAGAAAUCUGCAUCGACGAGUGGUUCGAACGCUUCUCGUGCGAUUACAUGUCAGAUAUGGUGUUCGGUGGCGGCUCGGAGCUACUGAGCGGAACGGACAAGAACAACUUCUUCGCUAUCCUCACCGCGGCGACAACGCCUGCGGCGUUCCUCUCGCACGUACCCUGGCUGGGCGUGUACUUGGGACACAUCCCGGUGCUCGUCAAGCCUCUGCGCACACUGCACGUGAACUGCUCCGCGCUCACCAAGCAGCGCGUGCACCGCGGCGCCGCCACGCCUGAUCUCUUCCACUACCUCAACCACGACGAUAACCCGUCACGCCCUCCGCCCGCGCACGAGCACCUUAUUGAAGAUGGCAUCCUCGCGAUGGUCGCAGGCUCGGACACCGUAGCCUCUGCGCUCACCUCGCUCUUCGCCUGCCUCCUCGCGCACCCGGCCGUCUAUGCGCGCCUGCAGGCCGAGGUCGACGUACACUACCCGCGCGAAACGGAUGCGACGGCGACGCGCGCGCACCGCGACAUGCCGUACCUCGGCGCGGUGAUAAACGAGGCGCUGCGCCUGUUCCCGCCGGUCCCGAGCUGCACGCAGCGCCAGACGGCCCCGGGAGGCCCUGGGUUCACUGUGGGAGACAAGUACAUACCCCCCGGGACGUCCCUCUGGGUGCACGUCUGGUCGAUGCACCGCGACGCGCGCAGCUUCUCCGAGCCGACGCGCUUCUGGCCAGAGCGCUGGCUGGUGGACGCGCGCGACGCGAAGGCGGGCGGGUUCGCGCACGACGAGGCCGCGUUCCACCCGUUCUCGUACGGGCCGCUGAACUGCGUCGGGAAGGCGCUCGGGCUGCAGGAGAUCCGGACGGUGGUGUGCGCGGUGCUGCAGCGGUUCGCGGUCCGACGGGCGGCGGGCGGCGAGGGCGCGGAAGGGGCGGAGCGGUGGAUGGCGGCGUACGAGGGGGCGUACCGGGACCACUUUGUGAGCGUGCGGGGGAAGGUGCGGGUCGUGCUGGAGGCGCGGUGA